AGCGGAGGCUCCAGCCAUAAACAAGCGCCCGGAGGAGCGGCGCGGGAGAGAGCCGAGCCGGGCGCAAGGAACGGACGCCACGGACCUUCUGCUGAGCCACCGCGCCCACUCGGCGGCUCGGGAGGCGGGGACCGGCCCGGAGGCUGCGCUGCCGUCGUCUUUCCCCGGCGAUCAGGAGCAGCGCGGAGGACCAGAAGGAGCCACCAGCCCUGCUUCGGAGCGGUGCGCAGCCACCGCCGCCGCCAGAAGUUUGGGUUGAACCGGAGCUGCCGCGAGGAAACUUUUUUUCCUCUUUUUCCCCUCCCGCCCGGGAGGAAAAGGAGGAGGAGGGGAAGCCACCCGCCACUGCUGCCGCUGGCGCCAACGCUCGUGGGCUCCGGGUCGGCGCGGCCCGCAGGGGCGGCGGGGGCCUCGCCCCGAGAGGGGAGGAGCGCCCCGGGGGCCCCUAGUGGGGCACGAGGACCGCGGGCUGCGGGUGCGGCGGCGGCGCGUGUGCCCCGCGCAGGGGAGGGCGCCCGCCCCGCUCCCGGCCCGGCUGCGAGGAGGAGGCGGCGGCACAGGAGGAUGUACUUGGUGGCGGGGGGCAGGGGGCUGGCCGGCUGCGGGCACCUCUCGGUCUCGCUGCUGGGGCUGCUGCUGCUGCUGGCGCGCUCAGGCACCCGGGCGCUGGUCUGCCUGCCCUGUGACGAGUCCAAGUGCGAGGAGCCUCGGAGCUGCCCGGGAAGCAUCGUGCAGGGCGUCUGCGGCUGCUGCUACAUGUGCGCCCGCCAGAGGAACGAGAGCUGCGGUGGAGCCUAUGGGCUCCAUGGAGCCUGCGACCGGGGGCUGCGCUGUGUCAUCCGCCCCCCGCUCAAUGGCGACUCCAUCACCGAGUAUGAAGUGGGCGUCUGCGAAGACGAGGACUGGGACGACGACCAGCUGCUCGGUUUUGAGCCCUGCAAUGAGAACCUCAUCUCGGGCUGCAAUAUCAUCAACGGGAGAUGCGAAUGCAGUACCAUCCGAACCUGCAACAACCCCUUUGAGUUCCCAAGGAAGGACAUGUGCCUUUCGGCCUUAAAGAGGAUCGAAGAAGAGAAGCCAGAUUGCACCAAGGCCCGCUGUGAAGUGCAGUUCUCUCCACGUUGCCCUGAAGAUUCCAUUCUGAUUGAGGGCUAUGCUCCCCCCGGGGAGUGUUGUCCUUUACCCAGCCGCUGCGUGUGUGACCCUGCGGGCUGUCUGCGCAAAGUCUGCCAGCCGGGAUACCUGAACAUUCUAGUGUCCAAAGCCUCAGGGAAGCCGGGAGAGUGCUGUGACCUCUAUGAGUGUAAACCAGUUUUCAGCGUGGACUGCAGCACCGUGGAGUGCCCCCCUGUCCAGCAGGCCGUGUGCCCCCUGGACAGCUACGAAACGCAAGUGCGGCUCACAGCGGAUGGCUGCUGUACCCUGCCAGCAAGAUGCGAGUGUCUCUCUGGCUUAUGUGCUUUUCCCGUUUGUGAGGUGGGAUCUACUCCCCGAAUAGUCUCUCGUGGAGAUGGGACACCUGGAAAGUGCUGUGAUGUCUUUGAAUGUGUUAAUGAAACAAAGCCAGCCUGCGUGUUCAACAGUGUGGAGUAUUACGAUGGAGACAUGUUUCGAAUGGACAACUGUCGGUUCUGUCGGUGCCAAGGGGGCGUCUCCAUCUGCUUCACCGCCCAGUGUGGGGAACUGAACUGCGAAAGAUACUAUGUGCCUGAGGGGGAGUGUUGCCCCGUGUGUGAAGAUCCCAUCUAUCCUUUCAACAACCCCGCCGGCUGCUACGCCAACGGCCAGAUCCGCGCCCACGGGGACCGGUGGCGGGAAGACGACUGCACCUUCUGCCAGUGUAUCAAUGGAGAACCCCACUGCGUGGCCACCGCCUGCGGGCAGAGCUGCAUGCACCCCGUGAAAGUGCCUGGGGAGUGUUGCCCCGUGUGUGAAGAACCAACCUACAUCACAAUUGAUCCACCUGCGUGCGGGGAGUUGUCAAACUGUACUCUGAAAGAGAAGGACUGCGUUUACGGCUUCAAACUGGAUCACAAUGGCUGUCGAACCUGUCAGUGCAAAAACAGGGAGGAACGAUGCUUAGCCCUUAAAAGGGCCUGCACUUUGGACUGUCCCUUCGGCUUCCUCACCGAUGUCCACAACUGUGAGCUCUGUCAGUGCCGCCCACGGCCCAAGAAAUGCAGACCAACAAUAUGCGACAAGUUUUGUCCUCUUGGAUUCCUGAGGAACAAGCACGGCUGUGACAUCUGUCGCUGUAAGAAGUGUCCAGAGCUUCCAUGCAGCAAGGUCUGCCCCUUGGGCUUCCAGGAGGACAGUCACGGCUGUCUCAUCUGCAAGUGCAGAGAGGUCCCUACUUCAGCCGGGCCACCUGUCCUGUCAGGCACAUGUCUGUCCAUGGAUGGUCAUCACCAUAAAAACGAGGAGAGCUGGCAUGAUGGCUGCCGGGAAUGCUACUGUCACAAUGGGAAGGAAAUGUGUGCCCUCAUCACCUGCCCAGUGCCUGCCUGCGGCAACCCCACCAUCCGGCCCGGACAGUGCUGCCCAUCCUGCGCAGAUGACUUCGUGGUGCAGAAGCCCGAGCUCAGCACGCCUUCCAUUUGCCACGCCCCUGGAGGAGAGUACUUUGUGGAAGGGGAAACGUGGAACAUUGACUCCUGUACGCAGUGCACCUGUCACAGUGGCCGAGUGCUGUGUGAGACGGAGGUGUGCCCACCACUGCUCUGCCAGAACCCCUCACGCACCCAGGACUCCUGCUGCCCACAGUGUACAGAGGACCCUCUUCAGCCUUCCACAUCCCAUAAUGAGAGCGUGCCUAGCUACUGCAGGAAUGAUGAAGGGGACAUCUUCCUGGCGGCCGAGUCCUGGAAGCCUGACGUCUGCACCAGCUGCGUGUGCAUGGAUAGCUCCAUUAGCUGCUACUCCGAGUCUUGCCCUUCGGUGGCCUGCGAACGGCCCGUUUUGAGGAAAGGCCAGUGUUGCCCCUACUGUCUAGACACGAUUCCAAAGAAAGUGGUGUGUCACUUCAGUGGGAAGACCUACGCUGACGAGGAGCGGUGGGACAUCGACAGCUGCACACAUUGCUACUGCCUGCAAGGCCAGACCCUCUGCUCGACUGUCAGCUGCCCACCAUUACCCUGUGCCGAGCCCAUCAAGGUGGAAGGGAGUUGCUGCCCGAUGUGCCCAGAAAUGUAUGUGCCAGAGCCAACCAAUGUGCCCAUUGAGAAGAAGAAUCAUCGCGGCGAGAUUGACCUGGAGGUUCCCAUGUGGCCCACCCCAAGUGAAAAUGACAUCAUCCACCUCCCUAGAGAUAUGGGUCACCUCCAGGUAGAUUACAGAGACAAUAACAGGCUGCAUCCAAGUGAAGACUCAUCAUUGGACUCCAUUGUCCCCGUUGUGGUUCCCAUAAUCAUAUGCCUGUCCAUCAUAAUAGCAUUCCUGCUCAUCAACCAGAAGAAACAGUGGAUACCGCUGCUGUGCUGGUACCGGACACCAACCAAGCCUUCUUCCUUGAAUAAUCAGCUGGUAUCGGUGGACUGCAAGAAAGGCACUCGGGUCCAGGUGGACGGUUCCCAGAGAAUGCUAAGAAUCGCUGAACCAGAUGCACGAUUCAGUGGCUUCUACAGCAUGCAGAAACAGAACCAUCUACAGGCAGACAAUUUCUACCAAACGGUGUGAACGCAGGCAGCAGUGCGGAUGAGGUUUCGAAAGACGGAGAACAACGACAAAAAAACAAACAAACAAACAAACAAACAAAAAAACAAAAAAAUAUCUGCUCUUUAAAGUAAACUAGGAUUUGCGCACUUGCUUAGUGUAUUGUAUUGGAUUGUGACUUGGGGUCCAGCACUAAGGGCUGGACUGGGAUGGGCUCUGUCUACAGCACUGUGCAGAACAAGCAUUCCCACUUGGCCUCAAGAUAACUGACCACAUGUUUUCAUAGAACCAAAGUUUUAAAACUUGCUAAAGUAUAUUUGCUUGUAAGAUAGCUGUAAAGACAUUCGGGGGUGGGGACAGAGAGUUUGGUGGGGGAAAUGGGUCGGGAGGGUAGUGUUGGGAAGAAAAACAAUCGGUCAGCUUGGCUUGGGGAGAAAGCCAGUAAAAAUAAAGGCAAUUCGUGGCCCAGAGGAAUUUUUUUUUCCUGUUACUCUCAAAGACUGUUGGUUGCUGCAGUGGUCAGGGCUGAAUAAGCAGGAACACAGAAGGCCUUGGAACCCAGCUGCUAUACCACCAGACAAGCGCAUCCGAACUCUUGCUAGCCAUCCCAGGUCUAAAGCCACAAGUUUCUCUUCUAUACAGUCACAGCUGCAGUAGGCGGUGAGGAAGGGCAGGGAAGUGGCUAGCGGACGUGUCUCGAAAGCGGGUUAUCGAGGUUGUAUACGGUUUCUUUUUGCUGCUUCUGUUUUCUUCCGUGCCAACCAGCCAGUUCCUAGUAGAGACAGCAGAUGAGUAAGAACAAGGUCAGUUCUUGGACCCGAGCACUGGCGCUUUGCUUGCCACAUGGCAGGGAGGAGGGCACCGGCGAAGGACAGCAGGCAUUUCCAGGGGCUACACUUCAUUGUUUAUUGUUGUUUUCUUCUGUUAUAUCAUUGGUGGUUGUUCAUAGUUUUGUUGAAGCUCUAGCUCAAGAAGAAACUUUUGAAGAAAAAAAAAAACACAACUCUUUGGGAUUGUUUUUCCUUAUUAUAUACCGAUUCUACAAAAUAGAAACGACUUCAUUCUAAUUGUCUAUUAUUCAAGCACCUUUGUUGAAGCUCGGGAAAAAAAAAAGAUGCCUCUUUAAACUUUAGUGAUUAUAGGAAUAUUUAUGUGACUAUCUUACGCUUCAGAAACAAGAGUAUUUGUGUGCAUGUGUAUAUAAUAUAUAUGCAUAUAUAUUUAUACACAUACAAUUUAUGUUUUCCUGUUGAAUGUAUUUUUAUGAGAUUUUAACCAGAGCAAAGGCAGAUAAACAGGCAUUCCAUAGAGAUGCUUUCUGACCACUUAGGGGUUUUUUUUAAUACCAUAAUCUCAUUUAACUGCAGUUUAAUUGCAAAGAAAAGGGGUGUGUGUGUGUGUGUGUGUGUGUGUGUGUGUGUGUGUGUGUGUACACACUUGGAGCAACCAGCAUUUCCCAUGCUAUGGAAAGGAUAUUUCUCUAUUAAAAUGUUUCUCCUUCACUUGGAUUUCCUUUCACCUGGUUUCCAGUUUGCUCUCUGGCCAGAGACAUGGAUGCCAGUUUUGUAUCUGAAUCACUAAUCAGCUCCUGGGUUUUGGUUUUGUUGUUUUGUUUUUUUUUUUCUUUCAAACAACUGUUUGAAACAACUACUGGAAUAUUGUCCGCAAUAAGCUGGAAGUUUGUUGUAGUUUGCCUCGAAUCUAACUGACUGUAUGCUAUAGUGUUAACUUUUCAAACAGCUCUUAGCACUUUUAUACUAAUGACCCACUUGUGCAUUGAUUUUCCUUUAAAAAUGCUUGUUGUGAAAGACACGGAUACCCAGUAUGCUUAAUGUGAAAAGAAAAUAUGUUCUGUUUUGUAAAGGAACUUUCAAGUAUUGUUGUAAAUACUUGGACAGAGGUUGCUGAACUUAAAAAAAAUUAAUUUAUUAUUAUAAUGACCUAAUUUAUUAAUCUGAAGAUUAACCAUUUUUUUUGUCUUAGAAUAUCAAAAAGAAAAAAGGUGUUCUAGCUGUUUGCAUCAAAGGAAAGAUUUAUUAUCGAGGGGCAAUAUUUUUUAUCUAUUUCCAAAAUAAAUUUGUUAAUGAUAUGUUACUGAAAUAGAUUUACAUCAGCCUGAUUAGUAUAAAAUUUUGUUGACAAUUUAUCCAUUCCUGGCAUAAGAAAGAAAAAGAACUUUAUCGAAAAAAAAAUUGUAAAUGCUUGCUUUUUUGUUGUUGUUUUUUUUUUUUUCAAUCAUGCCCAUAUGAAAAUACUAACAGGAUAUAGGACAAGGUGUAAAUUUUUUUUUAUUAUUUUAAAGAUAUGAUUUAUCCUGAGUGCUGUAUCUGUUACUCUUCUACUUUGGUUCCUGUUGUGCUCUUGUAAAAGAAAAACAAAUAUAAUUUCCUGAAGAAUAAACCAGGCAUAUAGCACUUGGAGUGCACCAGA